GCAAGCGGGUGCAAAUCGGGUGUAGACCGUGCACCCCCAGCCCCAGGAUGGUGCAGGCCUGGUACAUGGACAAGUCCGCGGACGACCUGCGGCUGCUGCACCGCGCGGAGCCCAGCCGGCCUGUGGACCUGGAGCAGCUGCGCCAACUCGAGGUCCUGUACUGGAAGCUGGAUGCUGACAAGUAGGAGAAUGAUCCAGAAUUAGAAAAUAUCCGGAAAGAGAGACACUAUUCUUGGAUGGACAUAAUAACCAUAUGCAAAGAUAAACUACCAAAUUAUGAAGAAAAGAUUAAGAUGUUUUACGAGGAGCACUUACACUUGGACAAAGAGAUUCGCUACAUCUUGGACGGCAGUGGGUACUUUGAUGUAAGAGAUAAGGAGGACAAAUGGAUCCGGAUUUUCAUGGAGAAAGGAGACAUGAUAACUCUUCCUGCGGGGAUUUAUCACCGUUUCACCGUGGACGAAAAGAACUACGUGAAGGCCAUGCGGCUGUUUGUGGGAGAACCUGUGUGGACGGCAUACAACCGGCCAGCUGACCAUUUCGAGGCUCGGGGCCAGUAUGUGGAAUUUUUGGCACAGACAGCAUAGCGGUGCUCCAUCAGUGGUGCUCCCACAAACCCCUUAAUCCCUGAAGAAGGUCCUGAUAUGUUAACUGUUGAAAAAAAAAAUCUAACAUUUUCUUCUGGCUUUUAUACGAUAGACUUGUAGCUAGGUGAGGUUAAUGCAAAAAGCUGUUAUACCAUUUUUAACAUGGAAGCAACCGUUGAAACAUAGACAAAUUAUGUUCAUUUUCGGUCAUGAAAUAUGCUCAUCCAUGGAUGGACGUGGAGAGUAUUCUGAGUGAAAUCAGUCAAUGGGAGAGUGACAGACAUAGAAUGAUUGUACUCAUUUGUAGGAUGAAAAAAAUAAACAACCCCACAGUAUGUGAAUAAUACCCAAAGACAGUAGAAACAAGGGCCAGGAG